GAGAGAGAGAGAGAGAGAGAGAAAGAGAAAGAGAAAGAGAGAGAAAGAAAAGCAAAAUAAAUUCAUUGAUGUGUUAUGUUUGGCAUUUGCCACGCAUUUUAUACGAGGCAUUUACAACAGUAACUUUGGUAACUAAUUUUAGAAAUCGUCACAUUAGUAAACCGCCUUCGAGAGAAUAUACAAGUACGACAACCGUCCUACAUUCGUGAUACAAAUUGUGAGGGAUCAGUAACAAAUAAUAUUUAAAAAUGACUAUGAAAAAUAAUGGCAGUAUAUUUGUUGAUUUUUGUCGGCAAGCAUAUGAUACUGUAACAACUGAACCAUUUAUGAGCCGUUUUAAAGAAUUAUCGGUAAAAGGAGAUAGACAAGGGAUGGUUCAAGUAAUAAUUGAAUUACCAUGUGUAUUAAAUACAAAGAUAACUAAAUCAUAUAAGGGUAAGAACGAUCAACAAGCAAAACUGCUUUAUCAGAAAUCACUUAAUAUAAUGAAAGAUGGAGAAAUUAAAGCGGAAGAAGAGAGUAGAGCAUGUAGUGUUCUCACCGAAGCACUGUUUGCAGCCAGUGCAUGUAGUUUAGUAUUUAUGAAUGCUCUUUUAGAGCGUGCAAAAUAUUGGUAUAAAUUAGGAGCUUGGAUAAAAUGUCUUAAAGAUAGUGAAUGCUUGUUAGCACUUCCUCAGAGCUUUUACGAUAAAAAUGUAGAUAAUAAAAAUGUUUACUUAAAGCAUAAAAAGGAAUGUUAUAAUUUUAAACACGAGUGCUCUAAAAAAUUGGAAAUAACUAUUCGACGGAAACAGAAAAUACGUGGAAAGGAAAAUGCCAAGUAUUGUUCUUCCGCUGAAGUAAUAACAAAACAAACCGUCGUAUCGACACCAACUGUGCAUGGAAAGUUGAACAACAGUCUGAAAAGUUGUUCCGAUGCAGUAGAACUUCGAUUUGAUAAUAACAGAGGCAGGCAUCUUGUAGCAACCAGAGAUAUUUGUGCAGGAAGUGUUUUAAUAGUCGAUCAGCCUUUCUCCUCCACCAUUGAUAAAGAGGCACUCGACAGGAAUUGCUUGCAUUGUUACAGUUCCCUUAAAUUGGAAGAUAAUGUUAGAAUUCCUUGUUAUAUGUGUCAAACAGUUUCGUAUUGCACUGAAACUUGUCGCAAUGAGUCAUGGGAGAUGUAUCAUAAAUAUGAAUGCGCUAUAUUAAAUCUUUUCUUUGAGGAAGGAUUUAAUGAAGGAAAAAAUAAAUUAUCUCAUCUUUUGUUGGCUUAUAGAACUACUUUGAUAGCAGCUUUAUCUCCAAAUGAAAAAAAACAUAAUAAUACGGAAAAAAUUUAUAAAUCGUCUAGUCUUAAUACAGAGUUUUUUAAGCACCAUCAGUCAAAAGAAAAAAACACUGUUAUAUCAAAUGCAAAUAAAAUAUAUGAUCCAUUAGAUUACACAACUGUUUUACAAUUAGAAUCACAUUGUACGAAUGUAGAUCCUAAUGUAAAUGCUAUUCGUAGUAUAGAAGCAGUGUUUAUAGCCAAGUGUUUAAUUUUUUCUUUCAAUGAAAUUGGAAUAGAUUCACUGGAUAACAACAAAUUCAUAGCUUUAGCGACUGCUACGUUGCAGCAUUUGCAGGCCAUUAAUUAUAAUGCUUACGAAAUUGUUGAAAAUGUACAUAAUGAAGAAACGCAUGUUUGGGAACCAAGAAAUGUAGGUUGUGCCAUUUACACCACUGUCAGUCUUACAAAUCAUAGUUGUUAUCCUAAUGUAGUUCGACAUUCUUAUUCAUCUGGAAAAGUUGUUGUAAGAACAUUACGUUGCAUUAGCAAAGGAAAUGAAAUAUUAGACUGCUAUGGUCCACAAUUUCUUAGCGAUGACAAAUUAGCAAGGCGCGAGUAUUUAUGGAAAAAAUAUCUUUUCAUGUGCGAAUGCGAUGCUUGCAAGUAUAAUUGGCGAUUACCAUUGCCAGAUAUGCUUAAUUUUAAAUGCAAAACAUGUUCUCAAGCCGAUUAUUCAUUUAUGGAGACAAAGAAUGGCAUGCAUAAAAUAAAACAUUGUCCCCAAUGUAAUAAAAAAUUAGACUAUCAAAAAUUAAAGAAGCAACUUAGAAAAUCAAUUGAAAAGAGGGUAAAUGCAAUUUCCAAAAUGUAUCAAGGUUACUAUAAAGAAGCAUUAAAUCAACUAUUAGAUCACAUAAAUUUUGUUGAAAAAUUCUUGGAAACACCUAAUAUAGAGUCUAUCAAAACACAGCAAUGCCUUAUUCAAUGUUAUAAUUCCUUUGGUUGCAUUUCUACAAAUUAAUAUAAUCUUAAUUACUAUAUUAUUUCUUUAUGUGUAUCAUAUUCAAUUUUAAAGCUUAA